GGUACAUAUUUUUUCGAUGUUCGCUGGUCGUGCACAUAAUAUCACAGCUCGUAUGUAAACACACGUAUACUGAUACCUGAUGUGUGUACCUUUACACUCUUUUACUCGUUAAUGUUUUUUGAAAACAAAAAUUCUGCGUUUUUGGGUGAAAUCGUAUUAUUAUUUGUUGUGUAAUUUCAUUGUUUCGUGUUCAUUUUAUGGACUUCAUAUUUUGAGUUGUUCCUGAAGUCGCAAAGAAUCGAAUUAUCGAUAGGAGUAAACGAAAAAAAAUGAACCGUAAUCCGGCCGAAUUACAUUCACUGGCGGCGGAAUCCGUAUGUAUGGAAUCCGUAUGUAUACAAUUAGUGUACGAAUGGGCCAGCUGUGAAAUGCCAACAAUCGAUACUUGGAAAGAAGAAGAAGGCUACGGUACAUGCCCGCAUCACGAUUGGUUAAUUUGGCAAAUGAACGAAAUGCAGAUAACCGGCAGUCCAGUGAUACCGGAUUCGGUUCGCGAUCAAAUCGAGUACCAAUUUUCGUGGAUCUCGGAAAAGGUUACUGACUGGAUCUGUUAUCACCAUAGGCGAAAUUUCUUCCACGAUGAACCGGCAUCUUCGCUAAAAGAAUACCUGCUGAAAUUGGUUUGGAAGCCGAAUCGAUCCAUAGACUACACGGAGACUGCGAAAAACAUCUUGACCAGCUCGAAUUUCAACGCGAUGGAGAGGUAUAGAUUCGCUUGUACGUAUUGUUUCCCGGAGGAAGUAUGGAAUUUGAAAGAUAUGGCGAAGAUAGCGAUGGAUUGGUGUUUCAAAAAAGAGCCAUUGCUGGUUUAUUGGAGUAAAUACUUGACCAAUCAGCUGCAUACGAUAACUUUACCGGCGGCGUACGCUUCGAUCGACAUGGUCAUGUUUAGAGAAGCAGUGGAAAAAUUAUAUCCUCAAGAAGCCGUUGAGUACUUUUUUACAAAAUUCAACAACUCCGGUAUUAAAAUAUGGCAGUAUAGCGAAGUUAUCGCGAACUCGAAGAUCCUCCAUGGAAAGAAAUAUCUGAAAGAACUGCUGUCUCUGAUGAACGAAUGUGAAAAACGUCUCGUGUACCAAGACAACGCGAUACAAAUCGUGAAGAAUCUGAUUUGGAGGGGUGACUACGAAGGUAUCAGUCUGAUGUGCUGCGAAUUGAAAGGCAAGUCGAAGUGGACGAAUUUGCCUCUAAUUAUCGUUAAAUUAGUGAAAAAGUCGAUAAGCAUUUAUUUCGUACAUUUCAAUCCACUGUCAUCGUUAUUGUUGAAAGUUUGGAACGAUGCCAUCGGCAAGGACGGAUUCCUUGAAAAUGUGAGAGAUUUGCAAUCGCGUAUCGCCACCGAAUGCUCCACAGAGAUCGUCUCGAGUAAAAAUUGCAUCAAGUACUCCAGGUCAAUAGACGCAUUCCAUCGACCUUUGGAAUUUAUUCGCGCUUUGGCUGCUGCGCACGAACCGCGAAAUUUCCUCAAGUCGAAUUUUUAUUGGCUGGUAAUCUGGCAACCGUUUGCUUCGAUAGUCGAACUGAUUGACGAAUUUCAACUGAAUGCCGAAGAUGUCGAGGAAUUGAAAAUGCAUACUCGACAUCCGUCUAGAAUGAGGUGCGCUUGUCUGAAAUAUUUGGAGAAUGGCAAGUUGGACGAAUUUAGCGCUUUUGUAUCGUUUUGUUAUUCUGGCCAUAAUGCUGAUAUGAGCGCAUAUCAGAAGGACUUAUUGAUAGACGAAGAUGGCUUGAAAGCUCUCGCUGAUGCGUUAAAUCACAUCGAUUGGAAAAUAGUCAUCGAAUUCGUCAACAAUGUGUUUCGUGAUAACGCCGGAUUCGCAUCUGGCUACACUACCAGACUGUUGUUUCGCGCUUUUCAAAAUGGAGACGAAAUGUACGAGUUUUUGAGGAAAAUUAUGCAGCAAGAAGAUGCGAUGAACGGAAUCGUGGAUUGUAUUCAAACUUUCGUGCCUGGCAACGAUAAUUUAUCGCUGGCAAAGGAGGCCUUCGUGGACUUACUUUUAAAAGCACUUCAUGAUGACGUCGACUUUUUCGUUUUUAAACGGGCUGCGUUCAAUGAAAAUACGUUGAAUUGGUGUUAUGGAACUGAGACGGGCGUUGCAGAAUUUAAAGAGAUGAUUAACGUUUCCGAAGUAUUCAUUGCUCAGUUUUGGGGCUGCAUGGCGACUCGCACAUCAUUAACCUUUGAAGUCAGCGAUUCGAUGGAGGAAUUUUUGCAUUGGUAUUAUCCCAUCGAUAGUGAAAGGAGAGCUUUCAAAUUGGAAAUGAUUCAUUCGUACAACGAAUCCGAGGCGAUUGCGUUACAAUUAAAGGACAGACUUUAUCGUCGACGAAUGUUGGAUUGGUUUUUGGAGAACGACGCCGAUGCAAUAACGGAAUUUCUGGCUAACGUAUCUUCCAUUAAGUUUAGUGGUUGACCCAUCACCAUAUGAGAUUUUGGAAGUUUUUUGUGAUGGUUAUGUCGAGGUUAUUCGUUUGUGAAUUUUUAUCUUUUUUUUCAAGUCAUUAUUAUACUUAAUCAAUUAAGAAUUUAAGAUAGUCAUUGCUUGUUAUAAAUAUGUGAUGUGUUUUUU